GAAGGUCCGCCCUCGCGCCCGCCCUUCCCGGCGUGCCGCGGGCGCCAUGGAGCAGGCGGCCGUGCUGCGCGUCAGGCGGAAGCGCGGCGGGCCCGAGCCGGCCGAGGCGCUGCUGCUCGCCUGCAAGCGGCUGCGCACGGACAGCGGCGCCCAGCCCGUGGAGAGGAACCUCUUCAAGCUGGUGGCGACCGUGUCCUCCAAGAAUGAACCAGUUCAGAAAUACGUUCAAGAAGUGAUCACUCGAGACAAAGCAGCUCAAAGUCUGCGACCCUCUUUAGGAAGCACUCAGCGAAUCAUUCAGGAACUUCGUUCUUCCAAGGAAGUGAAAAGGAAGGAAAACCGUUAUCGCGUUGUAGCCAGCCAUCGACCGAACUGCACUGAAACAGCUGCACCUGUCGUAAAUGGUGAGGCUUCGAUUGAUGGUGCCACGUCAGAUGCUGAGGAAGAUGCAUCACGAGAGGAGAGCAGUGCUGCAGAUAAGGGGUCGGACUGCUGUGGGAAAUUCCAGUUGUUUGAUAUUGAACAAGAAGAGGAGGUGGCAGGAGACGUCAGUGUAACUGCUUCAAACCCACAGCAGAAGACCGAUCCAGAUGUAAUUCUUUGCAAUGCAGCAGAGAUGAUCCGUGAGCGUUUAAAUGUUUCUGAAGAUGGUAAAAAAGAACACCCUGAGAAAGAAGAUGAGUAUGUUUAUGACAUCUAUUAUAUGGAAACAUCAACUCUGGGUUGGAUCCAAAAUAUCCUUUCUGUACAGCCCUAUAGGGAAGAAUAUGAACUGGUAGAUGAUGAUCAUGUUCCAGGGGAAAUAUAUGAAGACGAAGAUGAUGAAAAUGAUGAAAAUAACUGGCGUAAUGAUUAUCCUGAUGAAGAUGAAUUCUUACCUGAGGAAGAUGGUGAUGGAGAAAGAGAUUCUGAAGAGAGCUUCAGUGAUGAGGACCAAUGUUACAGGAGAAGAACAUGGAAUAAAUACCGAGAGGAUAUUAUACGGGAAUUUGGAUACGAUGAGAUGCAGGAUUUGGAUUCUGACUAACAGCCGUUUUUUUGAAGGUGAAAUGCCUACUGAAGAUGAAAUUCUACAGUAGCAGUAGAACUGAAAAUCCAGAUGGCUGCUGAUGGCUGUUCAUAAGAAUGUUGAACUAAAGAAAAACCUGGAAAACCACUUUCCAGUAAAAGUUAUUCUCAUUAGGACAGCAGGAAACCAGUAGUUACAUGGAUGAGCUUUCAGCUAAAUUUUUGCCUGUCUGGCCACCUGAAACUGUUGGGUGAUGAGCAUGGUUCAGCCUAACACUUCCUGACUAGGGUUGAGUAUUAGAUACUAGAUUUGGAUUCCAGUAAAAGCUAAAACCUUUUACUAUCUGAGCAGCCAACUUAGCUGGGUGUGAAUAUGCCACUUCACAAUAUAAAUUCCCAUUCCAAGCAAAAGAUACUAUAUGCUUUAAAGUAGAUUUUUCUUCCCAUUCUGUAAUGCUGAGGUUCUGAAUGUUUGGUUUGUUUUUUUUAAAGCUGCCAUGUCCAAGCAUUUUUACCUGUACUGACAAUAUCUCGACCUUAUAUAUGUUACAUAUGGCAGCACUGUUGGCAGCACUGUUGGCAGCAGCCCUUUUCAUCAUGACUGAUGUGUCAGAUUUCACAAGAUCAACAAGGCGAAGUCCUGGAAAAAGGCAUUCUCUCCCAGUGCUUUCUACUGUACUUAUUCCUAAGUUUCAAGUUACCUUCUUUACAAGUGUUUGAGCAUAUGAAAUGCCUUGAUUUUUCUGUUUUAGUGAUGGAUCUCUCUCCAGUAAUUUUACUAUCGGAGUAGAACAACAUAUGUGCAUUUACAUUGUAAAUAAAGAAUUUUUGACUAA